AUGCUAGAUACAAUUACAUUGCAUAGUAACUUUAAAGCAGAACCGAAAUAUCAAAAGGAAUACAUUGCGGUUUAUGCAGCUGCACUGCAUGACUUUAAGGUAACAUCUGUAGGAACCGAACAAGUUUUGCUUCGCGGUACACGGCUGGUAAAUACAAGUUGGAUUUUUGGCGUGGCAUUGUAUACUGGAAAAGAGACAAAACUCUUAAUGAAUUCUGCAGCUCGACCGCUUAAAAAGGCAAAGAUUGGUAAAACCAAGAACUGUGGAAUUGCAAUACUUGUUGUUGCGUUAGCAGGGCUCUUAGCGUUUAGCUUUUAUGGAGCUGAAUUGUACGAAAACUUCUUCUUACUGAAGUCACAGUACCUCGGUCCCUCCAGUCUGGCCGCAUAUUUCGCCCUGGAAUACCGUACCCUGCUUCUUGUUUUUAUAUUACAACGUUAUACCUGUAUCAUUGACAAUAACGCUAGAAAUAGUUCGAUUUAUUCAAGCUUUUUAUAUCGACUCUGUGCGUAUCAUACGUCAUUUAACAGUUUUACUAUAACUUUAGUUUUUCAUGAGUCGGCACUUGCGCCAGAUCUGGAAAUUUAUGAUGAAGAUUCAGAUACUCCUGCAGUCGCACGAACUUCAAACUUAAACGAAGAAUUAGGGCAGGUAAAUUUUGUACUUUGCGAUAAAACCGGAACUAUGACUGAGAGCAAAACGAAGCUGAAAAGGUGGUUUGUUGACGGUAAAGAUUAUGACAGUGGUGACAAAGGCAGUUAUCAAAUUUUCAUUGAGAAACUCAGUAAAUCUUGCUGUCCUGAAGAAUCUGAUGAGAAUGUCCCAAGAGAAUUUCUGCGUUCAUUGGUCCUAUGCAACUCUGCAGUUCCCACUACUGAAGAAAGUGACCAGAUUGUCUAUCGUGGGCCAUUUCCUGAAGAAAUAGCUUUGGUUAUCAAAGCCAGAUCUAUGAACUUUACUCUUCAGAGCCGUACAUCAAAAUCAGUUGAAGUCAACGAGCUCGGGGAAACCAUAAAAUAUCAGAUACUUAAUGUUUUGGGUUUCACAAGCGAAAGGAUGAGAAUGAGCGUUGUUGUCCGAUGUUUUGAUAAUGCUAUCAGAGUGUACACAAAAGGAGCAGAUUCAGCGGUAAUUAAACGUUUGCAACCAAAUCCAGAAGUUCAAAAUAAAUGUCACAGUCAGUUAAAGGAUUAUGCAAAUAUGGGUAAAUCUAUAGUUGAACUCUUUUAUUUCUCUUGCGCCGACUUGUCCACCUCAUUCUUGCCUUCAGUCCACAAAAUUAUUGGAUAUCAUACACUGUGUUUUGCGUAUCGAACCCUUGAGGAGAAUUUUUACAAAAAAUGGGCCAAGAAGUAUCAAGAAGCUACUGAUAAGGAGCUUGAUGACUGCACCGACGAUAUUGAAAAAGAUAUGUCUUUGAUCGGAGUGGCAGCACUAGAGGAUAAGUUGCAAAAAGGUGUUGCCAAAACAAUUCAGUCGUUAUUCAAUGCGAAAAUUCGCGUUUGGAUGAUAACAGGAGAUAUGGUUGAAACUGCUCUAAGCUGUGCUCGCUUGUCCGGGUUCUGCACGAGCACAACCGAGGUGCUUUCGUUGAACUCUGUUCGCCAGAUUGACCCCUUGCUGCAUCAAUCAUUAGACCUGCUUCCUCCUGCACGUUUUUCAAAGUUGAACGUAGCUCGCUUUUUUUUGUUCAAGUUUCGGGUGCGGUUUUUCAGCUGUUGCCGUUUCCUCAGACGUAGAAGAGUGGCAAAAAAUCCAAAAAAAGAAUUUAUUCUGACUGUCGAAGGAAAAACCUUGCAGUCUGCUCUCGAGAAACCUUACAAAAAACAUUUUUUUCAUUUGUCAUUGAUGUGCCGUUCCGUUAUUUGCUGUCGUAUGACUCCAACACUAAAGGCCGGAAUUGUAAAGAUGGUUCAAAACAAAGGAAAAAAUGUUGUGUUGGCUGUAGGAGAUGGGGCGAAUGACGUGGCAAUGAUUCAACAAGCAGAUGUCGGGGUCGCAAUCGCCGGUGAGGAAGGUUUACGGGCUGCGUUUGCCAGCGAUUACUCUAUAGCACAAUUUAGGUUUCUCAGGCGUUUAUUGUUUGUUCAUGGCGCCUGGAAUUUCAAACGUACUUCAAGGGUUAUACUUUAUUGCUUCUAUAAGAGCAUUUGUUUCUAUUUGAUCGAAAUGUGGUUUGCGUUCUUUUCUGCUUUUUCUUGCCAAAGUGUUUUUGACAAUUUGAGCGUUAUCCUAUUCAAUUUGUUCUUCACUGCAUUGCCACCAAUUAUGAUCGGCAUUUUCGACAAGCCAGCUGAUUGCAAGUUUGCUGAUCCUAUGGAAUAUAUUGCUUUGCGAAAGAAAGCAUUUACAAUUACUAGCUUCGUAAAACGGCUUGUACUGGCAGCAUGGCAUUCAUUUAUUUUAUUUUCUUCGACAUAUAUAUUUCUAUAUAAUCCUGUAGUGUGGAGUAAUGGCCGCACCGGCGGAAGGUUGAUGUUUGGAAACUCAUGUUAUACCUUUCUUCUCAUAACUGUUUCGCUAAAAGCAUUACUGGACUGCGAAUCGUGGGCCUUACUCAUUGUUUUUUCAUCUGCUAUUUCGAUACUAUUUUGGUUUCUGUUUAUAUUACUGUAUUCGUCGAGGAGCGUUCUAAGGUUUGUUAUCUUUACACAGCAGUUAUUUGCAUUUGAGAUUUGGCCAAAUAUUAAAUGGGGGGCUGAAAUGUGCGGAGUGGCUUCCAUAAUGUUCUCGUCACCGAGCUUUUGGUUAGCUUGCGCUUUGGUGCCUAUCGUGACGCUUUUUUUUGAUUUCAUCUGGAAAGCGUAA